CAUGCCUCAGGUUUGUACUUUAGAAACAAAAUACACAGGACAACCAUCUGAUUAAGCUCAUCCCAGAGUUCUUCUUUAUUUGAAUUCCUGGGACUGUGGACCAUGAACACCAAGGGCCUAACUGACCUGAGGAUUUUGGCUGUGGAUGUUUUUACCAGUGAUAACAGAGAGGGCUUCAAGAGAACCACCGUCCUCCUCCUCUUGUGUGUCUUCCCAAGCCUCCUCCUCAGUGCUUUACUGCUUCUGUACCUUUUCUUCACUCUGACUUGUGACCUAGCAGUGUCCUCGGGGAUUGCUGCCCUCUUUGGGGUGCUGUUGACACUCGGCCUAUUCCUGUCACAGACGGUACGAUGCUUGUUCACUCUAUUUGUCAUAUCGCUUUUCACGAAGAAGAGUCGUAGUCUCCUGCUGACCGCUGGCACAAGUGUAGUUGUCCUUGGAAAUAUUCAAAACACUUUGGAGAACCUCACAGGCUUGAUCAGGAGCAUGAUUUGCAACCUGAGGGCCAAGAAAGAAUCAGUCAUUGCUCCCUUCAGAAACUAUGUGGACAUGUUGAAAUGGCUGGCUGAUAUUUUGCUUGGGGUGACGGAUUUGGGCGUGGUCAAGCUGGACUCCCAACUCAAAAUUUCACCCAAAGUGGACUUGGAAAAUUUUCGGGAGCGACUCACCCAAGUCGAAUUGAAAUUGAAUCAAAGUGUCAAAUAUGCAGUGAAUUUAAUAAACACAGUAUCCACUGUGAAGGAAUAUGUUUAUCCUCUCAUCAGCAUACUGGUGCUCAUCAUCUUUAUAAUCUUGCACGUAAGAAAUUACUGCAAUGACAUGAAGUACAAAAAUAAUUUCAUCAGUAACAAAUUUAUUGACUUUGACAAGAAGCAGAAGGAAGAAGGAAAGCAGCACGUACUUCCUCUCACAUCAGAGGAGAAGAAGCUUUACCCAUCCCUCCCUUCCCUCCGUCCCACCACCCAGGAAGGAAAAGCUCUGCUAAAAUUUGGCAUUCCAAUUAUCACCCAUUUGAUUGCUUGGGUCAUAUUUAUAGCUGUGGAUGCCGUGUUGUACUAUUUUGUUACUAUUAUAACAACCAAGCUGUCAGAGAUGGAACCAUUCCACGUCCCUCUGCGGCUGAGCCUCAAAGGGAUUGCGACCUUAAUUGGUCUACAAUUGAGUGAGGAAAACCACCAAAAGGACUUUUCUUAUUCUGUGAUGCUGUUUGAGAAGCAGUGCCUCCCCAAACCCAAACUGCUGCUCAACAACUCUCUGGUCCCAUUGACUGCCAUCUUGCUGACCUUGCUCGUUAUGGCCCCUGUAGCGGCCAAGUUGGUCCAGAUCAGGCUCAUGGUGUGUGAGAGGUUUUACUGCACCGCUGCAGAGGAGAGGAUCAAGUAUCUGCAUGCCAAAAUUCUGAGGAAGAGGUUAAAAAGGAAGCGGGAGAAGGACAGUUUUACAUCACUCAUCACCAAGCCACAUUUCUGGUGUCCAUUGCUUUUCUCAGAUGAGGUCAACACGUGAGGAAAGGUUUCUCCAUAUACCCAACAGUGACUGACACUAUUAUGUAUCUCUGUGGGUAUAUAUAUAUAUUCAUAUACAUAUAUAAAAUAUUGCACAUUUUUAUAUUGUUGUAAUGUAUUUGUUCCAUACAAUCUGCAUGUAUUAUCUAAACUUGGGUGAACAAUGUAUGUCUUUAUUUAUGUAAUGUUGAUGU